UGCUCGUUUAAGAUGUGCUUUUUUAAUAAUUAGAUACUACCUUUUAGAUAAAAUCUUGGAUAUAGUUACUUUAUACAGACAUGAAUAUAUCUCUCGCGAUAAAGGUUAAAAGGAGCAGUGGCUGUGACAGUAUACAAUACACAAUAUUACGACAUAAACAAAUAUGGCUUCCAGCAACUGGAAUCAGGAAACGAAGGCUCGCCUUCAAGAGAAAAUAACUACGACAGUCUGCGAUGCAGGGUCUCUGGCACGACAAGUUUUGAAAGUUUCUAAAUCAACCGAGGCACUAACCCAAGCAGCAAAGAAUUUUGCAUUCCAUGAAGGAGCAGUUGAAAACUCAUAUCAGACAUUACAAAGAAUGGGUUUGACAACAUCACAUCUACAGUUCCAACAAGAGGCCAUAGAGAGAAGGUGUGUAGAGAAUCUUCCAGAAAUUAUGGACCAACUUAAAAAGAUCCAAAGGUGACAUUCAUUCAAGUGUAACAGAAGACAAAGGGGUUUUUGAAAGGAAUUUUUGUGGCGUUGUGCAAUAUAGCAAGUAAAAUGGGAAUCACUCAGAUACACUGUGCUCCACAUUGAACUGCUAAAAUGAACUCCUUGUAA